AUGGCUUCGCUCAAGACUUUUGUCUUGCGCUCGCCUGCAACUGGUCUCGUGCGCUCAAACCCGAAAGCUUCCUUCUCGACUACCAUCUCUGCCGCUCGUCCUGCAUCAUGUCUUUCCUCGCGCUCGCCGUUCCGACAGCAAUAUUUCACUCCCGCCGUUUCGAUCAAUAAGGCCUUUGCCCGCAGCGCUUCGGAUACCGCUAAGCCCGAACCCGUUCGAGCUGCGCCCAGCAACGACAACGGUCUUCCCCCUCUGGACUGGAACAGCUUCUUCAAGAUGCGAGUCAAGCGUCGACGAUACCAGCUCCUCUUCUCCAUCACCAACAGCAUGUUCGCCGGCAGCGCAGGAGCCGUUUUUCUGUCAACGGGUAGCGCGGAACCGAUUAUUUCUCAGAUCCCUCUCGAUCCGUUCAUGACGCUGGGACUUAUGACGCUCGCGUUUUCGGGACUCGGAUGGUUGAGCGGACCUAGCAUGGGAAACCAGGUGUUUUAUAUCCUGAACCGCACAUGGAAGAAGCAAAUGACGCAGAAGGAGGCUCAAUUCUUUGAGCGCAUCAAGAAGAACCGAGUUGACCCCACCAACUCGAGCGCCAGCAACCCUGUCCCUGAUUUCUACGGCGAGAAGAUCUCUAGUGUAGCUGGAUACCGCCAAUGGCUAAAAGAUCAAAAGGCAUUCAACAAAAAGAAGACUGCCAACUUUGUAUAA